GCACUGACACCCUCGUUGCGCUUUUAUUUAUCGAUCCGCGUUGGCCGGGGCUGCUCUUCGGCCGCGCAGGGAGCCCGGCUGGAGGACCGGGAUGACGGCGCCGCUCUGAAUGGCCGCGAUGGAAGGAUCUAGCGGGUCCAGCUUUGGGAUAGACACGAUUUUGUCUAAUGCCAGCUCGGGCAGCCCCGGCGUGAUGAACGGAGACUUCCGCCAGCACAGCGAGGCCAGGACGGCGGAUUUUCGAGCCCAAGCCACCCCGUCCCCCUGCUCGGAGAUAGACACGGUGGGGACGGCGCCUUCCUCGCCCAUCUCGGUCACCAUGGAGCACCCCGAGCCGCAUCUGGUCCCAGAGAGCAUCCCGCAGCAUCAUCACCACCUCCACCACGGCCAGCCGCCGCCGCCGCCAAGUUUGCAGGGCUCGCCCCAGCCGCCGCCGCCGCCGCCGCCGCAGCUGGGCUCGGCCGGCUCUGCCCCCCGGACUUCCACCUCUUCCUUCUUAAUUAAAGACAUUUUGGGCGACAGCAAACCGCUGGCAGCGUGUGCGCCCUACAGCACCAGCGUCUCCUCUCCCCACCACACCCCGAAGCAAGAAGGCAACGCCGCCAGCGAGAGCUUCAGGCCAAAGCUAGAGCAGGAGGACAGCAAAGCCAAACUCGACAAGCGCGACGACCCGCAGAGCGAGCUCAAAUGCCACGGGACAAAGGAGGAAGGCGACCGCGAGAUCACGAGCAGCCGGGACAGCCCCCCGGUGCGAGCCAAGAAGCCUCGCAAGGCGCGGACGGCCUUUUCGGACCACCAGCUCAACCAGCUGGAGCGCAGCUUCGAGCGGCAGAAGUACCUGAGCGUGCAGGACCGCAUGGACCUGGCGGCCGCGCUCAACCUCACCGACACGCAGGUCAAGACCUGGUACCAGAACCGCAGGACGAAGUGGAAGCGGCAGACGGCGGUGGGCCUGGAGCUGCUGGCCGAGGCCGGGAACUACUCCGCCUUGCAGAGGAUGUUCCCCUCUCCCUAUUUCUACCACCCGAGCCUGCUGGGCAGCAUGGACAGCACGACGGCGGCCGCAGCUGCCGCGGCCAUGUACAGCAGCAUGUACCGGACUCCCCCCGCGCCGCACCCCCAGCUCCAGAGACCCCUGGUGCCCCGGGUGCUCAUCCACGGGCUGGGGCCUGGCGGGCAGCCGGCGCUCAACCCCCUGGCCAACCCGCUGCCGGGCACCCCGCACCCGCGGUGAGAGCGUGGCCGUGCCAGCCAGCGGCCCCGCAGCCUCCCCGCAACCGACCCGGCCGCACGGAGGAGGAACGGAGCGACCCAGGGGGCGAGUAGCGAGCCCCGGAGCCACCCAGGAGGCGAGUGCACCAGAGCAGGGACUCUGAGAGCCAUGACCCCAGAGCUGCUGCAGUAAGUGAAACAAACCCACCCCCGACCCGAACCUCGAGACCUUCUUGCCAGGCGGGAGACGCGGGACUUAGCGCUCGGACUGCGAGACAGCCAGCCGGGCAGGGCCGGCCACAGACUGAGGACAGAGCGGUCCCCGGCCUGCCCCUCCCCGCACGGCCCGGCCGGAGGCCAGCGGGCCCGGAGGACUGUGCGCUGCCCCCCCCGCGGCGCUCCGGGCCGGCGGCGUGGCCCGAGCUCGGAGUCGCGGGCCUCGGGCGGACUGCGCGCCGAGCCAGACACCCUAUUUAUUAUCUGUUGUCCAAAACCAAUCACUUCGGUACCUUAGUUUAAAAAAAGAAAAGAAAAGAAAAGAAAAGAAAGCAAGAAAGCAACCGCCAUGAUCUGUGCCCCCGCGCCCUGCAGUGUCUGUUCGGAUUCAGUACAAUAAAUGCUUAGAUGGCGACAUUUAGAUUUUUUAAAUUUUUGUUUUUUGUUUUUUGGUGACUGAAAGUGA